AUGAAGUCUGUCGUGAGGAAUAAUUGCCCAAAUGGCUGGGUGGUUCAGAAGUUUGGUGGCACCAGCGUGGGCAAAUGGCCGGAAAAGAUAGCAGAGGACAUCGUCAGGGCGAGUAUGAGUGACAACAAGGUCGCUAUCGUCUGCUCAGCACGAAGCUCGGGGAAGAAGGUCACGGGCACCACAAGUCGACUCCUCGAGGUCUUCAGGAGAUUACGGAAUAUAGACGCUGCGACUGGCGAACAUGCCAUGCAGACUGAGUUGACGGAGCAGGCCAACAGCAUCAUACAAGACAUCUGCAACGACCACAUCGCUGCCGCAGAGUCAUCUGUCCGAGAUCCUGAGCUCAGGGAGUCACUAAAGCAGGAUAUCCAAAAUGAGUGCCAGGAGCUCGUCGAGUACAUUCAGGCCUCAAAACGCUUCAAGCUCGAGAUCAACUCAAGAUCCAAAGACCGUGUCGUCAGUUUUGGUGAGAGGUUGAGCUGCAGAUUUAUGGCAUAUGUCUUAAGAGACAGGAAUGUGGAGGCAGAAUACGUCGACCUUGCCGAUGCGCUGCACACGGACGGCGCAGUGCGCCUCGACACCUUCUUCUACCGUGAUGCAGCAGCCAUCUUCAAAGCCAAGGUCGCCGCCUGCGAGGACCGCGUCCCCGUCAUCACUGGCUUCUUCGGUAACGUCCCUGGCAGCCUGAUGGACGGCGAUGUCGGGCGGGGCUACACCGACCUGUGCGCCGCGCUCGUCGCGGUGGGCCUCAGCGCGGACGAGCUGCAGAUCUGGAAGGAGGUCGACGGUAUUUUCACGGCUGACCCCACCAAGGUGCCCACGGCGCGGCUGUUGGCGUCCAUCACGCCGUCCGAGGCCGCCGAGCUGACCUUCUACGGGUCCGAGGUCAUCCACCAUCUCACGAUGGACCAGGUGAUCAAGGCGACCCCGCCGAUCCCGGUGCGCAUCAAGAACGUCAAGAAUCCACGCGGCGCCGGCACCAUCGUCGUCCCAGACCCAGUGCUGGCGCCCGGUCACGAGCUGAAGCGCUCGAGGCCGAGCGAGAUCAACCUGGCAAGAAAGACGCCCAAACGGCCCACGGCUGUCACCAUCAAGGACAAGAUCUCAGUCAUCAACGUGCACUCCAACAAGAGGUCCAUCGCGCACGGGUUCGUGGCGCGCGUGUUUAUGAUCCUGGACAAGUACAAGAUCUCGGUCGACCUCAUCUCCACGAGUGAGGUGCACGUGUCGAUGGCGAUUCACCUGCAGAGCUCCGAGACCGAGGGUUUCGAACUGGCCACCAAGGAGCUGGCCGAGUGCGGCGAUGUUAGUGUGCUGCACGGCAUGGCUAUCCUGAGCCUGGUCGGCGCGGACAUGAAGAACAUGAUCGGUGUGGCCGGCAAAAUGUUCACAACGCUCGGCGGGCACAAUGUCAACAUUGAGAUGAUUUCACAGGGAGCAAGCGAGAUCAAUAUCUCGUGCGUCAUUGACGCCCGUGAUGCGACGAGGGCCAUGAAUGUACUUCAUACGAGCCUCUUCACAUUUUUAGAAUGA